AUGUCUCUAGGGUCACUGCCAAGAUGGCAAUCUGCCCUGUUCGGGGCUAUUCAGUUCGCCAACACUGCGUAUUUUGAGACGAAUAUACCGAUAGGUGUGGUCAUCACCACGCUAUUCGAAUACACAGAUGGGAGCGUGAUAUCAGCGCUCGCGGUGCUAGAGACCCCAACCCUUAUAAACACCGAACCCUACCAAAAGAUCGAGUUUCCCGAAACUGGGAAACUUGAAAACGGCCCUGCAGGCCGAAACGAUACCGUACCAAGAGAAGGACCGGAAGAUACCAGACAGUUUCUCUGGAACCUGAGACAGAAGUUCAUCCGAAAUGCAGUGCCUUUUCUCGGUGGUAGUCUCCUUUCCCUCGCCGCUAUCUACUUCCUAUCCCUCUAUGGCUUCAUCGACAUGGACAUCAAUGAUAUCACAUACAACAUGCCUGGUCCUGUGUUGUAUUGGACCAUAGCAGGCAUAGCUCUAAUUUUCUCUGCCUCACCUGACUCUAAUGCAGUCACCAAUGAUCGAAGCCUUGCUCGUCGGCGAUUACAGAGCCAGAAAGGAUUUCUGUCUCUCUAUCCUGGACUCGAUGUUUUCUUGAGUGAUUCUGACUGGGCAGAAUUCUUACGCCGCUACCGGUGGUAUAUCGCUGAAUCUCUGAAGGAACACAAUGGUAUAGAUCUUCUUGAUACUUUAGAGAUCACUGUCUUUGAGAAUCAAGAAGUAUUCGAAGGUGUAAGCACAGCCACUAUCCGGGAGCAUUUCCAGCAAUGGGCAACGACUGCCAUUCAGGAAGAGCAAGGCGUCUCUCCCGAUAUGCUCCAGUAUUCCAACUUCGCAGCCGCGCGUUAUCGAUUUUGUCUUUCCGUUGAUGAAGAGUCGCUGCAAAGCGUUCUUGAAGCUCCUUUCGACUACUACAGUGACAAAGGUGCAAUUGUGAAUAUGCUGAGUGGGUGGUGGAAAGAAGAGCCUGAAGAAUACGACCCCGAAGACUACGACUCAGAAGAUUUAGAAGAUGGGAAAUUGAAGGACUCGUUGAUCGAGCGUUGGGAUCCUAUUGAAGGAUGUACUCUGGAGAAUGUUGGGUGGAUGAAGGUCUCUUUCCGUGAUGUCGGGGUGCGCGCAUUCGCUAAGUUGGCCGAGCAUAACGAGUGGGAUAGUUUAUACGUGCGUCCUUUUGAGAUUUGCCAUUACCUGUAG